UUGGCCUAUAAAUAGAAGCUUCAGCCUUGAAGUUCUACACCAUUUUCAAUUAAAUUAAAACCUUUGCAGUAUCUAUCUCCCAAAACUUAUAGUUUUCCGAUACAAACGUGUUUGGUUUUUUCCAUAGAGCAAGAGAGAUGCUGAGCCAUAUAGUCGAGGCUUUCACGGGGAAAAAUGAAGAAGAAAAUAAGAAGAAGAUCAAAGGGAAAGUCGUGUUGAUGAAAAAGAAUGUGUUAGAUUUCAAUGAUUUCGGUGGUUCAGUUCUUGAUCGAGUUCAUGAGUUAUUAGGCCAAAAGGUGUCUCUGCAGCUCAUUAGUUCCAUCAAUGGCGAUCCUGAAAAUAAGUUGAAAGGAAAGCUAGGAAGAGCAGCAUACUUGGAGGAUUGGAUCACUACAUUCACCUCUUUAACCCCUGGUGAUUCAGCAUUUCAUGUCACAUUUGAUUGGGAAGAAGAAGAGAUUGGAAUUCCAGGGGCAUUUAUUAUUCAAAAUUUUCAUCAUACUGAAUUUUACCUCAAGACACUUACCCUUGAAGAUGUUCCUGGACAUCAUGGUCCCAUCCACUUUGUUUGCAACUCUUGGGUUUAUCCUGCUGAAAAGUACAAAACAGACCGCGUUUUCUUCACAAAUAAGACCUAUCUUCCAAGCGAAACACCAGAACCACUAGUCAAAUACAGAGAAGAAGAAUUAGUUAACUUGAGAGGAAAUGGAAGUGGACAACUUGAGGAAUGGGACAGGGUAUAUGACUAUGCUUACUACAAUGAUUUAGGAGAUCCUGAUAAAGGUUCCGAUUAUGCUAGGCCGGUUCUUGGAGGAUCCGUGGAGUAUCCGUAUCCUCGUAGGGGAAGAACCGGUCGGCCUCCAACAAAGACAGAUCCGAAUUCUGAGAGCAGGAUUCCACUGCUUACGAGCUUAGAUAUUUACAUUCCAAGAGAUGAACGUUUUGGACACUUGAAGAUGUCGGAUUUUCUUGCUUAUGCACUAAAAUCCGUCGUUCAGUUUCUUCUCCCGGAGUUUGAGGAUCUAUGUGACAGUAUUCACAAUGAGUUUGACAGCUUCGAAGAUAUUCUUCAAAUCUAUGAAGGAGGUUUCAAGCUACCAGAGGGUCCUUUGCUCAAAAAUAUUUUCGAAAACAUUCCCUUUGAGAUGCUAAAGGUACUUCUUCGAAGUGAUGGCGAGGGACUUUUCAAAUUCCCAUUGCCUCAGGUUAUCAAAGAUGAUAAAUCUGCAUGGAGAACAGAUGAAGAAUUCGCGAGAGAGAUGUUGGCAGGAGUGAACCCUGUCAUAAUUAGCCGUCUCCAGGAGUUUCCUCCGACAAGUAAGCUCGAUCCGAAUCUCUAUGGUGAUCAGACUAGCACAAUAUCAGGAGGCCACAUAGAGAAUAAGUUGGACGGACUAACAAUUGACGAGGCAAUCAGGACGAACAAACUGUUCAUAUUGAACCACCACGAUGCACUUAUGCCAUAUUUAAAGCGAAUAAACUCGACUACCACAAAGACUUAUGCCUCAAGAACUCUGCUUUUCUUGCAAAAAGACGGAAGUUUGAAGCCAUUAGCAAUUGAACUGAGCUUACCUCAUCCAGAUGGAUACCAGUUCGGUGCCAUUAGCAAAGUAUAUUUACCUGCUGAACACGGGAUCGAUAGUUCCAUAUGGCAAUUGGCUAAGGCUUAUGUCGCCAUCAACGACUCUGGUGUUCAUCAGUUAAUUAGCCACUGGUUAAAUACACAUGCUUCAAUCGAGCCAUUCGUGAUUGCAACAAAUAGGCAGCUAAGUGUGCUUCACCCUAUCCAUAAGCUUCUUCAUCCUCACUUCCGAGACACAAUGAACAUAAAUGCUGUGGGACGACAAAUCUUGAUUAAUGCUGGAGGAAUCCUUGAGGCGACAGUUUUUCCGGGAAAAUAUUCCAUGGAAAUGUCAGCUGUGAUUUAUAAGGACUGGGUUUUCACAGAACAAGGACUCCCUGCUGAUCUACUUAAGAGAGGAAUGGCAGUGGAGGACUCGAAUUCACCACAUGGCCUUCGUCUUUUAAUCGAAGACUAUCCUUAUGCUGUUGAUGGACUGGAGAUCUGGUCAGCAAUAAAAACAUGGGUACAGGACUACUGUAACUUCUACUAUACAUCAGAUAUUUUGGUUCAGAAAGACGCUGAACUCCAGUCCUGGUGGACCGAAGUCCGGGAAAAGGGACAUGGCGACAAAAAGAACGAGCCCUGGUGGCCUAAAAUGCAAACUCGAGGAGAACUAGUCGACUCCUGUACUACUAUAAUAUGGAUGGCAUCUGCUCUUCAUGCUGCUGUCAAUUUUGGGCAGUACCCCUAUGCUGGCCACCUCCCGGUUCGUCCUACCUUAAGUCGGAGGUUCAUGCCGGAACCUGGAAAACCCGAGUAUGAUGAGCUGAAGACUAACCCGGAUAAGGUUUUCCUGAAGACAAUUACUGCUCGGCUACAGACAUUACUGGGCAUUUCCUUGAUAGAAAUUUUGUCAAGCCAUUCAUCGGACGAGGUUUACCUUGGACAGAGAGACGCUCUUGAAUGGACCAAGGAUGUGGAACCACUUGAAGCUUUCGACAGAUUUGGGACGAAGUUGAGGGAAGUAGAGGAACGAAUCAAACAGAUGAACAACGACAAAAAAUGGAGAAACCGGGUUGGACCAGUGAAUGUUCCAUACACUUUACUUUAUCCUACAAGUGAAGAGGGACUUACUGGCAAGGGAAUUCCCAACAGUGUGUCAAUCUGAAGCUUAUCUGUUUAGGGAUAUUACAUUUGUAUGCAUAUUCCUUACAUUUCUUUUACUGUUGAAGAAGGUUUGAUGAGUGAAAAUAGUAAUGCAGAUCGAUGUAUUCUCAUUUACAAUAAUGAAUAAAAGUACAACAUUAUAACUUA